AUGGAGUUGCAAGAAGCGCCAAACUCGCUCAAAAACGUUAGGCAUAUUAUUCUUAUCCUUUCUGGGAAAGGAGGGGUAGGAAAGUCUUCAGUAACGACCCAGACUGCCCUCUCUUUAGUCAAUCAAGGGUUUAACGUUGGUGUGCUAGACAUUGAUUUGACGGGACCCUCGUUGCCUCGUAUGUUUGGUGUGGAAUCCAAGCAGGUUCACCAGUCGACGUUAGGGUGGGUUCCUGUGUCUGUAUACAACGAUCCUGCUAGUCCUAGGGGCAACUUAUCGCUCAUGUCCUUGGGUUUCCUCUUGGGCAAUCGUAACAAUUCAGUAGUCUGGAGAGGGCCAAAGAAGACUGCCAUGAUAAGACAGUUUUUGAAAGAUGUAGUAUGGGGAACGGACGAUAUUCCGCUUGACUAUCUUCUCAUUGAUACUCCACCGGGAACUUCUGACGAGCACAUAGCUAUUGCCGAAGAGCUCCGUUGGGCACAGCCAGAUGGUGCCAUGAUAGUGACCACCCCACAACAAGUUUCUACUGCAGAUGUCAGAAAAGAGAUCAAUUUUUGUAAGAAAGUGGGAUUCAAUGUCUUGGGGAUAGUCGAGAACAUGAGUGGUUUCAUAUGUCCUCACUGUUCAGAGUGUACAGACAUCUUCCUGAGUGGAGGUGGAAAGCUCUUGAGUGAACAGCUUGACAUAGAAUUCCUUGGGAACGUCCCUAUAGACCCCACGUUUGUGGAGAUGGUCGAAACCCAAAACAAUGAUGUGAACGAGAAGAAAUUGGUGAGCUUGUAUGAUAAGAGUGAAUUAAAGCCGAUCAUGGCGGAGAUUGUAGCCAAGGUGGUUAACAAGAAUUUACCUUCGAGGCUUCAAUGA